AUGAGGAUUCACACAGGAGAGAAAGUAUUUAGCUGUGGUGACUGUGGGAAAAGCUUCAAUAGGAAGAUGAGCCUAACUGAACAUAAACUGACUCACACAGGUGAGAAACUAUUUAGCUGUGGUGACUGUGGAAAAAGCUUCAAUCGGAAGGGGCACCUAAACAUGCACAAAGUGACUCACACAGGAGAGAAACCAUUUAGCUGUGGUGACUGUGGGAAAAGCUUCAAUAGAAAGGGACACCUAACCAUGCACAAACUGAUUCACACAGGAGAGAAACCAUUUAGCUGUGCUGACUGCGGGAAAAGCUUCAAUCGGAAGGGGCACCUAACCAUGCACAAUCUGACUCACACAGGAGAGAAACCAUUUAGCUGUGGUGACUGUGGGAAAAGCUUCAAUCGGAAGGGGCACCUAACCAUGCACAAAGUGACUCACACAGGAGAGAAAGCAUUUAGCUGUGGUGACUGUGGGAAAAGCUUCAAUCAGAAGGGGGACCUAAGGAGGCACAAACUUAUUCACACUGGAGAUAAACAACAUGGCUGCUCAGUCUGUGGUAAAAGAUUCACUCAGAAGACGAAUCUGCUGAGGCAUGUGGAUAAAGUCCACAAAGGAAAUAAACAGGACAGAAACUAAAAGAAGAAAGGACAUUAGGACAAAGAGAUUGUCUGUAUCACAACCGGCCGUGAUUGGGAGUCCCAUAGGGCGGCGCACAAUUGGCCCAGCGUUGGCCGGAUUUGGCCGGUGUAGGCCGUCAUUGUGCAUCCUGUUUCCAUUGAUAAUCCUUGAUGUUUCGACAACUUGAUUGGAGUCCACCUGUAAAUUCAGUUGGUUGGAUAUGAUUUGGAAAGGCACACACCUGUCUCUAUAAGG